UUUCAGAUAUCUGUUGGUAUUUAUGCUGGGAAUCGGUUCUUGUACCGUGUAACCCUUUCUGCUACGCCACACUAUCCCUUCAAAGAAUCACUAUGGUGUUCUACUUCACAAGCAAUGGUAAGUGAGCGUCACAAGGAUCCCAGAGUACCGGGUAUCAUAAAGAUAUUUACUUUCAUUUUCAUGAAACUUGUGAAUAAAACCAUAUUUACCAUAAUUUAUAUAUUUUAUAGCAUGCUAAUAAAUUUAUAUCUAAUAGAAAGGUAAUCCUAGUCGAUGAAGAGGAAAAACAAUGUGGAUUAUCUUUUUUAAAUAAAAACUCUGAAACUGGCACACAAAAAAAGCCAUAAACCAAUAAAUAGCGUAAAUAUAGCCCAUUCAAUGCCGGGAGCUAAUAUUAAGGAAAAGUCACAUUUCUAUGAUGUGUGUGUGUGUGUGUGUGUGUGUGUGUGUGUGUGUGUAUAUAUAUGUAUAUGUGUGUGUGUAUGUGUAUAUAUAUAUAUUUUGCUAGGUGCAGCACUUCAGUAAUCCUUGACAAGGUAUAUGUGGAGAGAACCAGAGAAGGAAUAAUAGUGUAGUAUUUUAAAACUGUAGUUGUGAUCGGUAAGAUAAAAGAUCUGCACUCACACUUUUCUGGAGCUUCAAUACAGCUCCAGUGUAUGCGCCUGGGCGGAAUAAUCCCCGCCUAUGGAUGAAGUGCAGAGGUAAUUCGUCGAAUUAUAGGUGUAGUAGGGGGUAUCCUCAUAAAAAAACAAAUAAAUAAAAAUCUAUAUGGUGAAGAAUGUAGAGCUAUGGAGCAAGGGUAGGUAAAAACUAUAAAAUGUACACUCACGUGUAAUGGAGCCAUAAAACCUUGCUCCUCUGAUAGCGCUUGAAGUGGUAUGAUCCCCACUCAAGGAAACAGGUGUAAAUAUAACGUCUGCUGUCUUUUUUAAAUCAUUAAAUUGACCAUCUAAAUAGAUUGACUUUUAUUUCUUUGCCGGUUAGAAUUAAAUGUCUUAUUGUGAAGAAUAAUUUAAAGCUUGGCAUUGUAUUUUUUAUAUCUGUGCAUGGAAACAAUCAUUUAUAUUUACACACAUACAACUAGGUUUGACUCUCUUGUCCCGCCACAGCUCACUUAUGACAUUGUGUUUUUUGGAAACUUGCACACAUUAAAGGGCAGCUCAAUGCCUCAUUUACUCCCUAUUUUUUUUAUUUUUUUUGUUGAGCAGAACUAAAGGCACCUAGAACACUUUAUUUUAAUGACUGGCCACUGUGAUCUGGGUGCAGUGUCUCUUUAAUUUCAACCCUGCAGUGUAAAGCUGUGUAAAAACUGGAAUGUUUACAUUUCAGGAUUAAACACACUUCUAGUGGCGGUCUUCUUCGUACAGUCACUAGAGACCCUUCCCUGUGAGAACCAAAUCAGGCUCUGCUGUCAGCCAAAUGCUGCUCCUAGUGCGUUAUAUUGACUGAGAACAUCGGGAUUGAUGAACGUGGCCAUGGACUGAGAUCUGGGGCUUCACACGGGGGAAAGGGUAAUCUAAACAGCCAGUGGGUCACUACAGUUUUCAUAGGGAAUCCACAGAUUAAGUGUGCGGGAUCCAGACACUUGUUGCAGUUUAUUUAUCUAUAAAACGAUUCAGUCCACUUGGGCCAGAAUUGAAAGAGAGUGAAUGUCCCCAUUUAUUGAUCUGUGAAAAUGCCGUCUGUGUGAGACUGAUUAUAGAGACGGGAUUUGAGAUGUUUGUGUUUUUAAAAAGUUCAUAAACAAAACAAGAAUAAUUAAUUAGAUGGCGUAGCACAAGAAAGUGUCAAGGGUCCUAAAUCCAUAACAAUAAAUUUAUUAUCGAUACAUUUAUACAUAACAUGUAAAAUAUUUUCCAAAGUUCAUACAUCUGGCGUCAGCCAUUUUAUUUUUGUCCUGCAAUGGUGUUCUUGCACAUUCCUGCUUGGGGCGUUCUUUCAGACAAGGGCAUUUAAAAGGAUCUGCCUUUUUUCACAGUGACCUGUUUUCUAAUUUUUUACAAAUAUUUCCGGUUUCACAACAUUGAAAACACAGUCAUCAUGUUACUAAAUGUUACAGUGUAAAUACCCUGCUCUCCUAUCCGGUGUUAUCUCUGUUAACUCUCCCAUUGGCUCCAUUAUCUUGUGUGUUGUACUUGGCUGUUUAUAAAGAAGAAAAUAUGGAUUGUGGCUUCCAUUAUUGCGUAAUUAUCAAGCUGUACAAUGCUACAUUUACUCAACACAGGAAGGUUCCUGAUAUGUAAUAGGAGUUACUUCAAUAAACUUUGGGUAACGUUCUAAUAUUCUGCUUUCAAAUCUACAAUAAUUCUGUUUUAUUUAUUUUUUGCAGUUGUCUCCUCGCCAUAUACGAUUUACAUGGGAAAGGACAAGUAUGAAAGUGAGUUUCUGCCUUUGGCUCCACCUUGUGGUUUAUUAUGGUAUUUAAAUAGUAGAGGGGUUACUGCCUUUGGCUCCACCUAGUGGUUUAUUAUGGUAUUAAAUAGUAGAGGGGUUACUGCCUUUGGCUCCACCUAGUGGUUUAUAAUGGUAUUAAAUAGUAGAGGGGUUACUGCCUUUGGCUCCGCCUAGUGGUUUAUAAUGGUAUUAAAUAGUAGAGGGGUUACUGCCUUUGGCUCCACCUAGUGGUUUAUUAUGGUAUUAAAUAGUAGAGGGGUUACUGCCUUUGGCUCCACCUCAUGUUUUAUUAUGGUAUUAAAUAGUAGAGGGGUUACUGCCUUUGGCUCCGCCUCAUGUUUUAUAAUGGUAUUAAAUAGUAGAGGGGUUACUGCCUUUGGCUCCACCUAGUGGUUUAUUAUGGUAUUAAAUAGUAGAGGGGUUACUGCCUUUGGCUCCACCUAGUGGUUUAUAAUGGUAUUAAAUAGUAGAGGGGUUACUGCCUUUGGCUCCACCUCGUGGUUUAUAAUGGUAUUAAAUAGUAGAGGGGUUACUGCCUUUGGCUCCACCUCAUGUUUUAUUAUGGUAUUAAAUAGUAGAGGGGUUACUGCCUUUGGCUCCACCUCAUGUUUUAUUAUGGUAUUAAAUAGUAGAGGGGUUACUGCCUUUGGCUCCGCCUCAUGUUUUAUAAUGGUAUUAAAUAGUAGAGGGGUUACUGCCUUUGGCUCCACCUAGUGGUUUAUUAUGGUAUUAAAUAGUAGAGGGGUUACUGCCUUUGCUCCACCUCAUGUUUUAUUAUGGUAUUAAAUAGUAGAGGGGUUACUGCCUUUGGCUCCACCUCGUGUUUUAUUAUGGUAUUAAAUAGUAGAGGGGUUACUGCCUUUGGCUCCACCUCGUGGUUUAUAAUGGUAUUAAAUAGUAGAGGGGUUACUGCCUUUGGCUCCACCUAGUGGUUUAUUAUGGUAUUAAAUAGUAGAGGGGUUACUGCCUUUGGCUCCACCUCAUGUUUUAUUAUGGUAUUAAAUAGUAGAGGGGUUACUGCCUUUGGCUCCGCCUCAUGUUUUAUAAUGGUAUUAAAUAGUAGAGGGGUUACUGCCUUUGGCUCCACCUAGUGGUUUAUUAUGGUAUUAAAUAGUAGAGGGGUUACUGCCUUUGGCUCCACCUUGUGGUUUAUAAUGGUAUUAAAUAGUAGAGGGGUUACUGCCUUUGCUCCACCUAGUGGUUUAUUAUGGUAUUUAAAUAGUAGAGGGGUUACUGCCUUUGGCUCCACCUCGUGGUUUAUAAUGGUAUUAAAUGGUAGAGGGGUUACUGCCUUUGGCUCCACCUAGUGGUUUAUUAUGGUAUUAAAUAGUAGAGGGGUUACUGCCUUUGCUCCACCUAGUGGUUUAUUAUGGUAUUAAAUAGUAGAGGGGUUACGGCCUUUGGCUCCACCUAGUGGUUUAUUAUGGUAUUAAAUAGUAGAGGGGUUACUGCCUUUGGCUCCACCUAGUGGUUUAUUAUGGUUUUAAAUAGUAGAGGGGUUACUGCCUUUGCUCCACCUUGUGGUUUAUUAUGGUAUUAAAUAGUAGAGGGGUUACUGCCUUUGGCUCCCCCUUCUGGUUUAUUGUGGUAUUAAGUAGUAGAGGGGUAGGCAACCUUUGCAACUUCAGAUGUGGACAACAUUUCCUUAAUGCUGGCAAACCACCAGGGGAGAUGAGGUCUAGAUGUUCUGAAGAUUGCCUACUCUUGGGCUUCCAGCAGGGUAGCAACCCUUAGUGUGUUAAAAAGCUGUUUGUGUGAUUGUUUCAAAUCCAAAUUUGAUGUUUGCAUUAAAAACAAUUGUUUUGUUAUUAUUAGUAUUAUUAGGGAUUGUUUACUUGUACUCACUUAUAGCCAUAUAAUCUUUCAAAAGUUAGACAUAUUGACUCAAGCCCAACAGUCUGCCACCAGGAACCAUUAGCAAAGAAUUAUCCAAUUAUGUAAUAAAACGUGUGUGUGUGUGUGUGUGUGUGUGUGUGUGUGUGUGUGUGUGUGUGUGUGUGUGUGUGCGCGCGCGCGCGCGCGCCCCUACGUGCAUGCCCAGUUGAGUCAACAUCCUUAAUAUAGGGAAACGGCCAUGCAUGUAAAAAUCAGUCUCUAAUAGUUACCACUACAUAAGACGCUUCAUUUGCAUCAGUUUUGGACAGGCAGUGACUGAUGUCUUUUGUUCAAUAACUCCUUUACCUCCCGAUGGCAGAGGAUGAAAAUUGUCAACCAAUCGCUGGACUUACUAGAUGACAAAAUCCUUUUUAUAGAGCUGUCACCCUACAUUGCUGUUCAUCAUGGGAUGCUGACUGCUCACCUGUGGGGCGAUCCAAUCUUCUAUUUAAACCAUUUUAAAGUCUCUUUUGCUUACGUGCCCUAAGAUCUUCACUGUGGAUGGAGCAACCUGUAAUGCGCGCAUUGUUUGCUUUAUUUAUUUGCAUAUUAUAUCAAAACAGCUUUCCAUUUUCUAGUUACUAUUUCUAUUUUUUUUUUUUUUUUUGCAGAUGAAGAUCUUAUAAAAUACGGGUGGCCUGAGGAUAUAUGGUAUGAAUGUAAAUAGUAUAGCUACAGAGUGUAUAGAGGAUGGACCCUAUUCACCAUUGACUUGUUCUGUGUUGUGCUGAUGAUCAGUACAUGGAAUUGUGUAUAGCUUUAAUCUCUGUAAUGGGAAAAUCAUUUUACUAAUCAGUGUAAUUCCUUUGGCAUUCCUUAUAUAUAUAAGGAUAACAUGCUAUUUGUCUUAGUUCUUGCAUUUUCAAAUACUAUAUAUGAUUUUUGUUUUAAAGUGAGGAGGAAAUUAGUUUAAACAAAAUCACUCUGUGCUAGGGAACCAAUGUGGCAAUGAUUUCAGCUUUUGUUACUUUUACAUCGCACCGGACACCGUAACCAUUGUAGCCCCUUAGCUGCCGCAGCUUGGCUGGGGUCUCACCAUACCGUCCCACCCUGGACCAAACACCCGGAUCCAGCUCCCAGUGGGAAGACCUCUCCUCCAAGAGAGUAUCACUGUAUAGCCAGUAAAAGAGAGUGAUAUAGCAGUAUAGUUGUUCCCUUCCCCCUCCCCCCCCACAUGAGCCAAGGUUUAUUGGAGGCCACAAACUGCCUUUUACACAAAAGGCCCUGCAAGAAGUCUCCAAAACAAGAAUACAGGGAAAACCCUCCCAUGAUCCUCUGUUCCUGAGAGAUAAUUACCAGAGCAAACACUUAUAAUUAAAUUAUGUCACAGGAACAGAAAAUAUAACAAUUUAUAAAACACCCCAAAAUACAUAUAAAACAACAAGUCUUCCAUCCCCGGAAAGCCUGGAUCUGAGCGCACAACAUAUCUAAAAAGCACUCCGAUCCCACGAACAUAGCCGAACACCACCGGGGUAAGGUUCUGACCGACCGCAUACGAGCCUCUUGCCCAAAAUAGUUCCAUGAAAUCAGUGCUAGCAGUAGUACUCUUUCGGGAGUACAAAAGUGAAUAAAAUACCGAACGGAAUACAUAGUUAACACGUGAGGCUUGUUCACCUAGUUCGUGGGAACAAUUCCACCGAACAGUGCCCUUCUAAGUUGUAUAGAACCAAACACAGGCGAUGAUGGAAGUCCAGUGGUGUUCGGGAGUUUACGUGUCCGACUUCAGUUCCAUGAGCUUGACGCCCAAACACCGCUGCCUGUGUUCGCGGGAACAAGAUGGCCACCACCUCGUGGUUGUUGAUACAAAAUGGGGCCACCCAGACGAACGAUUAGAACACUGGGGUGGAACUCGUUACAAGGUGUCAAUUGGGCUUAUCAAGCACACGGGUGGGCUCUGGUUCAUGUGGUUGUUCGGUUCCUGAACAAUAUAAUCGUAAAUCACACAACAGAGCCUUUUAAAGUGUAUUUUACAGUGUAUCUUGCUGUUCCCAUAGUCCUGAGGCAGGAGGCGGGCAAGCAGAUUCCUCCAGGAGCCAGUGGCGAGGUUAUGUUCGCCACAGUAAUUAUAUAGUUUCUCAAUAACUGCAAUAAUUACUAUUGUAGGGUUAAGGGACAUGGAACAAAGCGCCCAGACCACUUCAAUGAGCUGAAGUGGUCUGGUUGCCUACAGUGUCUUUUAAAAAGAAGUUAUUGUGGAGAAGCACUAGGUGAGGCUUGCAGCAGUGCUACAGGUCUGCAGAGGUUUCUGGGCACACCUAUGUAUGUGAGAGUUUGGAAUGGUCUGACAUUCUUCCUAUGGAUUAUUAUCAAGAAGGAAACAUGACGGAGAGGCAGCUCCAUUACAUGAAUACUUUAGGAGUUUUUUACGGUACAUUUAAGUAAUGAAUUAUAGCUGCUUUUUGUUUAAGAGCUUAUUUUCAGGUGUGUUGGAGUUUCCUAUGCUGUAAGGAAGAAAUAAUUUUAAUAAGCAAAUACUUAAACAUGUACAGUAUGCGGUCACUCACAUAUAUAACUAGCCACUCGUACACAGACUAGUUGGAGUUGUAAGAUUUCCCCCACUCGCCAGCUGAGAUGGUUUCUGGGGCUCAUGUCAGGCCUCAUUGUAAUGUCAUGGUGUCCUGGCCAUUAUGCCUAAAGCUUGUGUAGUUUUAAUAAAAUUUUAGAAUAAUUUAGGCAUUUUAACAAAUGCUCCAGGUGCUGAUAUUGUGCCUUGCUGGCAGUUCUCUAGAUUUACUCUUCUUUGUAUUACUUAAGCUGAAAACUGUCCCGUUCUCCUGACCUUGUGUUUUCUGUGUGCAGGUUUCACGUGGAUAAACUCUCAUCAGCUCAUGUUUACCUCCGGCUACAAAAGGUAAAACUAAACAUUGGGAAUGAAAGGAGACAAACAAUAUUAUUCUUGGUAGAGAGUACUAAUUAAAUCAAGCUGCUACAGAGGGACACACCCCUGAAACAGCCACAUUCAGCAAAUAUCCAAAGCCCAAGAGCAAAAAUAACAAAGCCUAACUCCUUACAAACAAACACAGACCAUAAUCAACUUAAAAUGAAUCUGUCUUCCUUCCAAAACAUUGUUUCUUUCAGUGGGAUUUGGGAAGCUCGUAGUUAUAUUGAUUUUUUUUACAUCACGGCGGUCUUUGAUUUGCUUUCCCACUUCAUGUUAUUUUCUCAGAAGAGGCCGUUUCCAUUGUUACUUGUAAUUUAGCUGUGUUUGCUGUCUCGCAUACUAUAUUCGCUGAUAAGUGUCUGCUUUCAUCAUUUAUAAAUAGUUUUUUAUCAAAAUGUUAUAUUUUGUUGUGGCAAACAUGCAUACAGCACACAGUGUCGUAUUUUAGAGGAACAAACAUUUAUUCCUAACUAUAUCUUGUUCUUGUAAUGAUUUAGAUUAUAAUCCUAGCUUUAUUCUCCUGUCGUGCUGGUCUCUCCAUGCCGCCUCAUCAGUCAUGAUGAUCCCAGCCAAUCCAACGGUUCCCUGUGGGAGACUAGUGUGCAUGUGCAUCAAAUCGCCAUGAUGUGCCUAUCCACUUUCCUCAUAGAGAUAUAUUGAAUAAAUACAUGUCUAUGGGAAGCUUUCAGCAUCUCCAUGCAGAAUGUGGAAACAAGAUUGCAAGACCGAACCCAGGAAGUCCCUUUACUGGCUAUCAGAGUGACAGCCACUAAAAGUGGCUUUAGGCUACAAUGUCAGCGCUGCUUUUUCACAGAAAAUUUGGAGGGAGUGAGGGUUUGCUGGGAAAACAAGGUAAAGAGGAUUUCUUACAAGCAUGCAGGUUAAAGAGAAUGGUAUGGAACGGAAACCACACUCUGGGCAGAAAAUCGUAUGGAACGGAAAACACAAUCAGAAGAAAAUCUGCUAGAGGAUUUGAAAGUUCUGCAUAGAUAAUAACUAUUUUUCUUCCAGAACUGUGACUUGUUCUAGAAUUGUAUGUGUUAUAGUAGAGACUGAUCAAGUGGUGGUAAAAAGUGUUGGAUUCCAUGAGAGGUGUCCUGCAGGUUAUUCUGGGAUGCACAGAAACUGUCGGUAGAAUUCCACCGUGAUCGCUAUAUACUCCUACGGGCUUUGUUUAAGGAAUACAAUAUAUCGAGGAUGUAAAUACACUUUGCUGAAUAUGGUCACUUAUUAAAUCCCUCGACAAAUCUUUUUAUCUCUUGACAUGACUGGUAUAUAAUUAUGAAGGACUUAUAUUCUGCUUAAUUUUAAUGCAUUGCCUGCUGAAAUAAAAAAUGAAAAGGGAUUCUACUCACGCUGCAGUUUUUGUGUUUUUAGGGUCAGACGAUAGAAGACAUUCCAAAAGAUGUUCUGAUAGACUGCGUUCAGUUAGUAAAAGCCAACAGCAUUCAAGGUAUGUUCUUGUCAAAAAGUUAUGUAACACUGAAAACGAAAACACUGCCCAUAAUUUAUUUUAAUUGUUCAGGUUUUUGUGCGUGGCUUUUGUUUUUGAGAAAAGAUUUUCAAGAUGCGCAUGAAAAAUGUCCUAAGCGUUUAAGUGUGGGAUUAUAAUAUUUUUUUUUUCUUCUGAAAACACACACUUUUAGUAGAAUGACAAUCCCUAUUGGGUGUAAAUGGCAAAACUCAAAAAUAUUGACAUACUUCACAUUUUGUGGGAUUAAUGGGUUCUAACACAAAGAAAAAAAGAACUUUAAAAAAAGUGAAAGAUAGAUAUAGAUAUAGAUAUAUAUAUAGAUAUAUAUGAAUUUUUCUCACAACGUUUUUACAAAACUUUUCAUUUGCCAUACUAGCACUUUUACAGUAUGUCUCGAUUGAAAAGCACGUUACAUUGCAUAGAACAUACUAGUUUGAUCUCAUUUGUGAAGAAAUUUCAUUUUGGGGGCAAACCAUAUUAAACAAAUGAUGCAAAACCUUUUAUUAUAAACAUUUGAUAAUAUUCUUUAUGUCCUUUUAUUUUUGGAGUUUAGAUGCUGUAUUUUUAUUCUGGUUCCUUGUAGAAAUACAUAUAGGAUAUGAAAUAAAUGUAGGAUUUAAAUGAGCUGUAUACAAACAAAGUAGGGGAUGAUCUGCUAAAUUAGUAAAUAAAGCAACAUAGCGUAUAACUGUUUAUGUGAAUAUAAGCAACGUAUUAACAAAUGGCCACUCACAAAUUCACAGUUGUAAAAUAGCUUUAAGCAGCUGGAUUCUUCCAUCACUGUAUAAAAAAUUGAAUAACUUAAAUCAUAGUUAAAAACAAUCCGUAUCACCUCUGAGCGUCCUACGCGUUUCGUCCACAGCUUGGACUUCCUCAAGGACUGGGUGAACUGUAUCAAACAAGGUUCAAAUAAUUAACGUAAAUUUUUUUUAUACUUUACUCUGGAAAGUGCACUUCAAUUCUUUUCUAUAUUCUCUUUUGAGUUCACAUAUCCCAGUUCCAGCCUAACCGUGGGGGAACAGUGAUGGAAGAAUCCAGCUGAUUCCAAGAAGGAUUUUAUGCUUAAAGCUAUUUUACAUCUGUGAAUUUGUGAGUGGCCAUUAAUACAUUUCUUAUAUUCACAUAAACACCGUUAUACGCUAUGUUGCUUUAAUUACUCCUAAUUUAGCAGAUCACCCCCUACUUUGUUUGUAUACAUUUUGCUGAAGACAAGAGUAAGUCUUUAGGGAUUUCUUUGGAAACUUUACCUAAACCAGGGUAGUUCCUUUCUGCUAAUUAUCUAUUAAGCACUUUAUACACUAGGAUUUGUUCACACCUCUUUGUUGUUUUUGUAUUUAAAUGAGCUGUUUCUGUGUUUUCAGGGUGCAAAAUGAACAAUAUUAACAUUGUGUACACACCUUGGGCAAAUCUGAAGAAAACCGGGGACAUGGAUGUCGGCCAGAUUGGAUUUUAUCGGCAAAAAGAUGUAAUGUACUGCUUUUAUUUAUUUUCUAUCAAAUGUAUUGGCUCUCUGCAUUGCAAUACCUUGUCGUGAAUUUAAUAACGUAAAUUACAGAAAUCUGUCAUAUGGCAAAACUUCAUUAAAGUGACGGUGAACUUUGCCAGUUUUGUUUUUGUCUGUUAAUUUCUAUUUAUUUAUAAAGUUAUGUAGGAGCUACUUUUUCUCACAGGGAUUGUGAUUUUUGGCAACAUGCAGAACGUAAGUAAAAGUGUCUAAGAUACACCCACAGUUCAUCAGUCAAGAGAAUCCCAUUGAAGGCAGGCUUCAUCGACCGCAGGGAUCAAAACAAUGAUUCCCAUGAAUAAAAGAUUAUAAGCAUAAAUAACGAAAAUGGCGUGGAGAGAGUAGAAUAAUUAAUAUAGGAAAAUUGAAAGGAAAACAAAAUAAAGUGCUGCUUUCAAUUUCUAGUCAUAUAUCAUUCUGAAAGAAUUCCCAUUCUUUGUUCUGUUUUUAACUAAAAAAAAAAUAAAAAAAUGUUAAAGCAGCCAAAUAGCAUUGUUUGAAUGCAAUAUUAGUUUUUCCUCAUUUGAUUGUUAAAUGACAAUUUCUGGAACAUAUUAUAAAUGUCCAGCAGAUGGCACACACACUAUUCAGAUUAAACACAUAUAAAAAGAACUAGGUUUUGUUUCUGUUUUAAAGAGUAUGUUAAAGAACACUCCAAGCCCCAUAACCACUAUAGAUCUGCUCUCAUUGGCAGCUGGCGUUCUUUAUGGCCUUGCUUAUCUCUGUCAAGCAAGCCGGAUACUGCUGCAGAAAACCUGAUUUUAAACCACGGUUUGACUAGUAAUCACGGUUACUCCUGACACCAUAACCACCAUAGCAGGCUGUAGUUGUUACAGUGCUUGGAGUAUCCUUUUAAACUUUGGAUAUUAUAUGCUUUUCUAUAUUGGAGGUAGUUGUCAGAUAAAGAUUACAUGGAAUUGUUUUUUGUUUUUAUAUUCCAUCUAGCCAAAUUGCUAUUAAAGAAACACUCUAAAUUUUAAAGCAAAAAAAGUGUUGUAUAGAUUACUGGGAUCCCCUUUGGGGAGGGGGUGUUUAACACAUCCCUCAAAUCAAGCACUGGGACAGACUCUUCACUGUAGCCUGAUCCGCUCACGAUGACCUGUAGUCCAAUCCAAUGCUUCUCACGGAGAGUAGUAAUGGACCUACAAAGCAUGCUUGGCAGUCUUCGAAAUCCACAAAUCAAGUGCUCUAAAUUAUUUGAUUGUCAGAAUCAUGUUUGCCAUGUUUGGUGUCCUCCACUUCUAAAGACCUGGUUAGGCAGAAUGUAAACAUUGCCGUUUCUUAGAUUUCCGAGCGGCCUGCAGCGUCUGCUUCAUAAACUCUUCCCUUGUAAAUGCAAAGAUUGAGCCCCCAAGGACUGUACACAUGGCAUUUAAGGCUUUACAAAGGCUGCAAUCUCCACAGUUUAUGGAAUUAAUAAUUAUUUCAGUCUCUUUGUGAUUUCUUGUUCCGAAUUUGAUGGUUUUCUUGGGUUACUGUCUCAUUACCCUCUAUGCUUCACUGAAAUCUCCAGGUGAAAAGUGUGAUGGUGGAGAAGAAAGUGAACGAGGUCUUGAACCGGCUGGAGAAGACCAAGGACGAGCGUUAUCCUGACCUCGCUGCAGAGAAGGAAUCAAGAGACCGUGAGGAACGAAAUGAAAAGAAAGCACAGAUUCAGGAAGUUAAAAAGAAAGAAAAAGAAGAAGUGAAGAAAAAGAAAGAACUGGAUGAACUCAGGUCAGUUGAUAUUGCCACCUCUGGUUCCAUUAAUGGAGAUUGUGAUUUAUUUAUUUUUUAUUUAUUUUUUUUACAAUCUCGUUUUAUUGAAAGAUUUUGUGAUAUAUUUUAGACAGAAAAUAAGUUCAAGAGGAAUCCAUAAACCAUAACAUGAACUAUAUGCCAACACUUGCAAUAUAAGAUGUGGGUACACUCUAAAAAUGAGUGCAUACCUCGAGGCAGAUUUGUCGUUUCGUGGGUGUGCAGCGUGGUCUUGUAUCAGGUGGUGGUAAGUUGGUCACACUAACCAUUGGGUGGUACAGAGAGCUGUCAGCGACUCCCCGGGAGGGUCCAGACCUUAGAGAUUGACUCAUUGAUAGAAGUAAUUUUACAGCAUUUUAUCACUACAGCAGUUUUGUCUUUUCAUGAAUCAAGUAUGGACUUCCAUAUCCUAUUAAUGAGCUCUCCAGCUGUUGCAGAAUAUCAACUUCUUUGAUGCGUUGCAAUCCUUUAGGCUGGGAUUAUAGUCCUGCAAUAUGUCAGGAUUUACCUUGGGCUUACCUCUGCUGUAAAACCAUGAUGUUUUGUGUAAUAUAUUUUGGGCUUUUCAUUGAGGGCAAUGAGAAUGUUUCCGAUAUUUCUGGUCUGAGAGCUCAUAUGGCAGAAGGAUACAUUUUGUAUUCAUUCACAUGUCUAAUAAGAAAACACAAGUAGCUACAAAAAUGCACUAUUUUGAGUUCAAUAGUUUGCUUUAUUACAUUGUCGCAUCUAGAGCUCCCAUCGGUCUACCCAAGUCCUUCUCUUACUGCAUUGUGAUCCUCUCCCUGGGGCACCAGCUUACAAAUGACCAUAAUUAGUGAAAUGGCCAAGAAAAUGCUAACAAAUACAGAUACAGUGACAGGAUUAUUAUUGAAAUAACAUGAAUGGCACAAUUCCAAUUCCAAGAGUAUACCAGUGCAGGCUGCAAACCAUUAUUCAUAUUCUUAAAGUUUAUUAAAUGGUAAGUAAACAUCACAAAGACAUAGAGAGGAUCCUUGAACAGCAAUCCAUGAAUAUACGUUCCCUUUGGUCCUCUGUGUUAAUGUUCUAGUAAUGUAUAGAUCCUUGUAUUCCUUUCCCACUCUACCUCCCUUGCUGGCUCAUAGCACACACAUAGGCUGACAAACACAAAUAGCAUUGUCCUCUGUUACCAGCAUUAUAAUAAAGCAUUAAAGCAUGUUUUAGUGAUUUGCUGGUAGAUUUUUCUGCUUUUCCUCAAAUUGCCUAGGCAAGUUGUGUGAUUGUUAGAAAAGAGAAGGUAAAUAGUUCUGACUUGCCAGGUUAUAACUGCUUUUAUCAUAACACUGCUAGGCCUUUUCCAGUCUAAUCGGUGCCAGUUACCCAUACUUUAUAUUGUCCAAUCGUGCCAGUUACCCAUACUUUAUAUUGUCCAAUCGGUGCCAGUUAUCCAUACUUUAUAUUGUCCAAUCGGUGCCAGUUAUCCAUACUUUAUAUUGUCCAAUCGGUGCCAGUUAUCCAUACUUUAUAUUGUCCAAUCGUGCCAGUUACCCAUACUUUAUAUUGUCCAAUCGGUGCCAGUUAUCCAUACUUUAUAUUGUCCAAUCGGUGCCAGUUACCCAUACUUUAUAUUGUCCAAUCGGUGCCAGUUACCCAUACUUUAUAUUGUCCAAUCGGUGCCAGUUACCCAUACUUUAUAUUGUCCAAUCGGUGCCAGUUACCCAUACUUUAUAUUGUCCAAUCGGUGCCAGUUACCCAUACUUUAUAUUGUCCAAUCGGUGCCAGUUACCCAGACUUUGCAUUGUCCAAUCGGUGCCAGUUAUCCAGACUUUGCAUUGUCCAGUCUGUGCCAGUUACCCCAGUUUCUUAAUAUUCCAUUAGGUGUUCUCUCCUCAUGGCUAUAGGCACUAUCCUGUCAUUUUGGCGUUUAUUAUCCCAGACCUUCUUCUGUUGAAGCAGUGCUGGGUAACUCUUUCAACUGCCCCAGUGCGAGCUAUUAAGGUCACUUUAUGUUCUAUCCUAGGAAAAAAUGCUAUCUUAGCAGAAUUAGUACACGUGUUUCAUAACAAGGAAUUUCAUGCAGGCUUGCAUCCGUCAAUAUUUCAAUAAACAAUAAGUAAAUAUAUGGAAAAAUAAAUGUAACUUAUUCGGGAUCUUUGAGCAGCAAUCCUUAAAUAAAAAUAGUGGAAUGGAAGCUAAGGGAAUGCAUUCAUACAGGGUGUAAAAGGGGUUAAACGCCGUUUAGGAGAUAUUCCCUUCCAGAUAUUCAGGCACUGUAGACACCAAUCCACAUAACUGGAGAAGCAUAUGAAUGCUCUCAAACAUACGAAUGCUAUAAACAGCCGAAUAGGAAAAACCAUACGAAAGGUCUAGCAGUCGAACUGGAACAGCAUACAAUAAAUCCCCCCAAGAACGAGACAAGGCUCCGUGUUGAGGGUCAAGCAGUGAUCAGACAGAGCUGUGGGUUUAUUGUUCUUAUAUACACAUUCUUACACAUUAGUACCACCCACAGGGUUUUGGAAAACAACCAAUAAACACGUACAAUACACUCAGACACUCCCACACAAAAUCCUCCCCUCUGCCUGUGAUACAAUUACCUUACCCAAUGGGUUAAUUUAAUUAUCACAGGCAGAGAAAUACACAUUAUUCAUAACUUGAAAAGUAUGCAUCACAUUCACGUAAAACUUACAUUUUCCGAAUCCGCAUACUCCAAAUACAAAACAUAUGUCAAAAUCAUCCAAAUUGGUCCAUUGGUUCAAAAGAUAGAUCGAAGUCCUUUGUGACCAAAUGAAGUAUGGCUUUUCUGCCCAAAACCAGUUCCACAGAGUCUUCUAUCCUGGAGAUAAUUAGAAGUAAUCCAAUUAUCUCCAAAAACAGAGGCAAAACUCCAUUGAACACAUGGCAGCAAAAAGACAGUAAAACACAAUAGAAUACACAAGGUUACAUUUAUUACAUAAAAUACAGACAUGCAACAUAUCCCCAGAUAGCUUAGGUCUGAGCACGCAUUAUUACUGAAUGGCGCUCAGAACACACACAUACAGUUCAAUUGCAAUAGAGCCAAAGUCUUUUAUUACACGAAUAGGCUCCAUGGCAUAGCUUAUCUGGGUUAAAUGAGUUCAUUCAGUAAAUCAGAGAAUCUACUGAACGCCAGGGCAGAAAUACAUGAAUAGACCUUUCUGUAUAGGAAAAUAAAGUAUUUAAAUGCUGGUCCAUAGUCAAAAGGCAGCAGGCAGGCAACCAGGCUCCUCCAAUGCACAGUGGCGAGAUUGGUCUCGUCACACAGGGGUUAACCCAUAAUAGUCUACCAAAGUAGUAAAUCCUUAAGUAGAUUUUUCCCAUUUGGUCCUUGGUGUUAACGUUCUAGUAAUGUAUCCUUACAAUGAAAGUGAACUGGUUGUGAAGUGGUUAAGUCUCAUGUCCCACCAUGAAGCAUGGCCCCCUUUAUGUCACUAUAUAUCUUUUCAGAACCACCAAACAUCCUGUUUUUGCACUUCUCUCUUGUCAGGACCCCAGACCCCUUUAUCCUACCCAAACAUACCUUUCCUUCUCAUUUCAGACUCUUCCCUCUCCUUACCACUCCCCAUAUUAUGCUCAGGAACCCAUUUAAUUUGAAUCAGACUAUCAUGUUUUAUAUAACUGUCUUUAUCACCCCCAAUUCUUUUUCAGCACUUAUUUUUCUUAUCUUUCUUUUUCCUUUCCACUCCGACUCCCAUCAUUCUCUCCCUGUCAUGCACUUUUUUUUUUAAUCCUCGACCCCCUUUCUUUGUUUCUUUUUUCUUUCUCUGCCUCUCACCAUUUCCUAUAUGAUUAUAUUGCCUUUCUUUCUCAAAUCAACUUUUAUUGUCACACUCCACUUUACUUUUCACAUUCGUUCCAGGUAACUCCUUCACUUUUAACACACUCUCUCCUCUUUUGUCAGUCUUGUCCAUCAAGAAACAUGUAGUGUGCCAGAAGGUGGCGCUACACAACAGAGGCAAUGGCUGUUCAUUUAUCUUCUUUGUUAUUCUGAUUAACGUGCACAUGUGGAGUAAUGCUAAAUAAGCUAUUGGAAACACAAUAUAAACAGGAGAAAAUGCAAGAUUUUACAAGAGGCUGCUGCUUUAAAGCUGGGCUCAAGGAGACCCACUUUGGGCUUGCAGACCACAUGAGUCCUGAACAGCUUCUUGGUAGUAAAGUGUCUAUUAGUGCCUCUUGUAGGUAGAAUUGUCUGCUUUUGUGAAACCUCAGAACAGCAACAAAAAUACUAGAAACUGAUCUUCAGGCCAUACUACAAGAAACCUGAGUUUCACAGAGUGAAAGGAGUUCUGGGAUAUCGAGCAUUUCCAGGCUAAAAUUGGCGACGUUGCUUGUAGACAGUGUCUGAGCGAUAAGGGGAACUCUUAAGGCUAUAAAACAAGGUUGAGGAGCUGCCCAUAAUGUCAAACUACUCUGUGUAGGCUGCUUUAUAAUUCCUGCUUCUGAACCAAUGAAUUGGAAUUUUGGCAAAUUGCUCAACAAUAUCAUUGAGUAAUUUCAAUAAGGAAAGACCAUUCACUCCACCAGAACGAACUGUUACAAUAUAAAACUAGAAUGUUUGGUAACAGCGUCUUUUGGCAGAAAUAACAGCGUACAAAGUGGUAGAAACAUAGAAUGUGACGGCAGAUCAGAACCAUUCGGCCCAUCUAGUCUGCCCAAGUUACUAAAUACUUUCAUUAGUCCCUGGCCUUAUCUUAUAGCUAGGAUAGCCUUAUGCCUAUCCCACGCAUGUAGCCACCCAACAGGCUUUCUGUUUUUGUUUUUAGGAAUUAUUCCCCACUUAUUCUUACAGAAUAAUUCUAGUUGACGAAGAUUCUUAAAAUAUCUUUUUUAUUUAUUGAAGUAGUUCAUGUUUUAUUUUUUUGGCAUGUUUUGGAUAAUUGUUUUGUUGGAAUAUCCAACCUCUCUUCAGCUUUUUCACUGACUAUGGGACAUUAGUUUCGAGGAUUUAUUUAAUACUGGAUAGAGGAAAACAUGUAUUCUACUAAAGGGACACCCUGACCUCUUCUGCCCAUUGGAGUGGUCUGAAUGCCAACUCCCAUCACCCUUAACCCUGCAAGUGUAAUUAUUGCAGUUUUUAUAAACUGCAAUAAUUACCUUGCAGGGUUAUGUCGCGGUAGAUCGCACUCCUCGUAAGCCCAAAGUUUGAGUGUUUGCGUAGAAACACCAUAUAUAGAGAUCUCUCUCUACAUAGUGUUUGUAUACACACACUCUUUCUAUCAUCUCUACAUAUAUGUCCGUCCGUCCCUCUCUGUCCGUCCCUCCCUCCCUCUCUGUCCGUCCCUCCCUCCCUCUCUGUCCGUCCCUCCCUCCCUCCCUGUCCGUCCCUCCCUCCCUCUCUAUCCGCCCCUCCCUCCCUCUCCUCCCCCUCCCUCCCUCUCUAUCGUCUGUUCGUCCGUAGAUCUCAUCUCUGGAUCCUCCUGCUUGGUCUACUGCCUUCAACCUGUCACCUUGAGCCAAUGCUGUGUGUUUGCUAGGUCCUGAUAGCACGUUUGAUGUCUUUAGCUAAGCGUGAAGACGUCAAACGUGUGAAUACUGCGCAUCAGGCAGGACUUAACUCGGAAGUCCCGCUGGUGGCUGUCUGAGUGACUGCCACUGGAGGUGUUCCAUGAUUCUACAGUAAACACUGUAUUUUCUCUGAAAAUACAGUGUUUAAAUGAAAAGGCCUGCAGGGAGCUAUUGUACUCACCUGAACAAUCCCAUUAAACUGAAGUUGUUCAGGUGACUAUAAAAAGACAACUGUCAUCACGGAUUUUUUGUUUGGUUUUUUUAUUUCAUCAAGUUUUGAAAGGAUAUAUUUUUGUUUUUUUAUUGAAGUAUGUGUAAAAAAACAAAAGAUAGAAAAAUGUACCCCUACCUUAAAGAGACACUAUAGUCACCAGAACAACUACAGCUUAUUGUAUCUUUUCUGGUGAGUAUAGUCAGUCCCUGCAGGCUUUUUGCAGUAAACACUGUUUGUUUUUUUGUUUGUUUUUUAUUUCCUUAAAGAAAAGGCAAUAUUUACAUUUUAGUCUAGGGAUAUCUCCACUGGCCACUUGUCAGAUGGCUGCUAGAGGUGCUUCCUGGAUCAGUGCUGCACAGUGUGACUUACAUUCAGUGUCUUCACCCUCUGCAUGCAGUCACUGAACUUUCCUCUUAGAGAUGAAUUGAUUCAAUGCAACAUUAUGAGGAGAUGCUGAUUGACCAGGGUGGCGUUUGGCUCCUCCCCAUUCCCCACGUUCUUGGGCAUUCUCAACCAAUCCAAUGCUCAGAUCACCACUUCUGAUUAUGUCAGCCAAGGAGGUAGAUCAGGGGCAGAGCCAGCACAUGCAGACUGAAACAAAGAUAAUAUUUUACUAUAUUUAGGGGAGCAGUGGGGGCUAGACAGUGUUUUUAACACUAUAGGGUCAGGAAUAAAUGUUUCAGUAUGUAUAUCUGUGUGUGUGUGUGUGUGUGUGUGUGUAUAUUUGUGUACGGGACAUUUUGAGGAUGUAAGGAACAAUAAUAAAGAAGCAAUAGUAGUGAGAGCAAAGUCAGUUAAAGUGUGCCGAAACUGAGGUUAGACCUGUAAAAGAGGGCAAAAUAUAAGCGAUUCUUACAAGUCAGAUACAUUUAUAUAGCCGGUCAUUAUUUAGACAUUUCACAGAAAGCCAAUCUUAUUUCUUUCUCAGGAUUGGGGAUGUAUUUGUUGUAUGCGGAUGAUUUCCCCCGACCCACAUUUUAAUGAUGUGAGUUGGGACGUGAUUACCGGAGGCAGCUGUGGCUGCUCCAAUGCAGAAUAAAUGGUCCGAGAAGGAAUGAGGGUUAUGUCAUAGUCAGAGUGAUGUGAUAUAUGAAUGUAAAGCAUUGUAACGGACCGUUUUGCACACAAGAGGUUAAACGUUUAGGCGAUAUUCCCCUUUUCAGAUGUACAGACAGCUACUGCAAGUACCAAACUGCAAACACACGAACACUGGAAACAGCCGAACAGGAAAAGCAUACAAUCAGCUUACACUCCUGGCAAUCAGCAUACAAUCCAAUUCCCCCAAUAACAAGACGACACUAAGGUUUGAGGGUCAAGCAGAAUCUGGUUUACUGGGGCUACCUGCCCGGCUUUUAUGCAGGUCUCCCACCUGGUGGACACUCCCCUAGGGGACCAGAUGGGAAACUGGGAAACAUAUUGGACAUUAACCAAUCACAAGCUUACAAUUCCACAAUGCAUCACAAUCCCUCCUCUCUGUCCUGGAGAUAAUUGGGAAGUAAUCCAAUUAUCUUCAAGGACAGAGGCAAAACUCCAUUAACCACAUGGUUACAAUAAAACACUAAAAUACAAUAAAAUACAUAAUGUUACAUUUGUCACAUAAAAUAUAUACAGAUAGCUUAGAUCUGAGCACACGUUACUACCGGAUGGCGCUCAGAUCACAUACAUACAGUCCAAUCGCCAUGGAGCCAAAGUCUUUCCCAUAGUCUUUUGUUACACGAAUAGGCACCAUGGCAUGGCUAUCUGUGGUGAUGCUGUUCAUACGGUCAAACCACCGAAUGAACAGUGAUUCGGUUCCACUACCGAACGCAGAGGUAAGGAGGCUGGCAGCUCAGCGGUGUUCGCGCAAUUAAGUGUCCGUUUUCAGUUCCAUAGUUUGGGCGCUGAACACCGCUGGCCGUUCGGGAGCUAAAAUGGCCGCUGCCACGUGUUCGGCAAACGAACAAAGGCCACCCAGCAUCCAUCAAUUAAGCUGCGGUUAACUGCAGCUUCUGGGCGGUCAAUUGGUGGCACACUUCAGUUCCCAGGUGGUCCAUCGUUCGUUACUUUGUUCGGUAGAUUGAAUCUUUCCUAUGGACGCUGGCGUCUUCUCACUGAACACCCCAGCAGAAAGGCAUGAAUAAACCUUUCAGCAGGGAAGAUAACUGGUUUUAACUGCAGGGCCAUAGUCUAAAGGGAGCAGGCCAGCAACCAGGCUUCUCCAGUGCACAGUGGCGAGGUUGGUUCCACCACAAUCAUAAAACAUUUAUUGGUUAAGGGUUUCCCUUGAAAAGCUACUAGUGGGGAAUCAGGGAUAGAAGUGAGUUGAGAUUCCAAAAGAUUAUCCAAAACGUGGAUAGGACCUGAUUUGGUAGAGGUAGGAUAUCAUCUCUACUCGAGGACCAGUAGGGCUCGUUUUGGUAUGAAUAAUAGACAAAUGUUUAUGCCUGUGAAGUAAGGUUUGAUAGUAUUGUAAACUGAUUUAGGAGAAAAGUGGCAAAGUUGUAAAUGCGACCAUAGUUACAAAUAGAAACAUUUAUCACGCAAAAAACACGAACAAACCUUUAAACAACUGAUACGCUCUUGGAAUAGGCUUUCUUAAAUUAGGGACCCCCUCCCGCCGGGCUCUGGGGAGAGGAAGGGGUUAAAAUCUUACCUUUCUCCAGCGCCGGGCGGGGAGCUUUCCUCCUCUCCUUCCUAGCGACGUCAUCGGCUGAAUGCGCAUGCGCGGCAGGAGCUGCGCGCGCAUUCAGCCAGUCUCAUAGGAAAGCAUUUACAAUGCUUUCCUAUGGACGCUGGCGUGUUCUCACUGAUUUUCACAGUGAGAAGCACGCAAACGCCUCUAGCGGCUGUCAAUGAGACAGCCUUAGAGGCCGGAUUAACCCUUAGUGUAAACAUAGCAGUUUCUCUGAAACUGCUAUGUUUAUUUAAAAAAAAAAAAAAGGGGUUAAUCCUAGCUGGACCAGGCACCCAGACCACUUCAUUAAGCUGAAGUGGUCUGGGUGCCUAUAGUGGUCCUUUAACACACUUAUAUAUCAAUAUUCACAAUGCUGUAUAAACGGAAUGAAGUUGAACUGCUAGGUAUGAGGCAGUUUAUACAAAUAAACGAAAGUUUGUGCAAAAAUGUGACUGUGUAUACUAAUAGAAAAACAUAAGCGUUUUAUGCGAACGGAUAAUGCAUACAAAACUUUAACUGAAAUGCCAGUUAGCAAUGCACAAGACGGAAUCUAAGCAUAAUCUUACCCUGAUUAGCAUACUAAUAUAUUUAUAAAACACAUUCGCUAUGCUUUGAGGAGAAAUCCUUUAAUAAAAUGAUACCUUAAAUGCUGUCAGGACAUACUGAUUUUGUAUAUUUUAGAGAGUAGAAAACAAGGACGUUUUUAAAGAGUGACGCAAUAAAUGUUUUGACAUUGAAAGCUGUUUAAAUUGAAUGAAAAGCUUUACCAGCGCUGUUUCAACCGGAGUUUUAACUUCUACUGCAAAGCCAGCAAGUUAAAAUAAAAGACCGUUUAUAACUCCCAUAUGAAAGUAACGAACAGAACAAUGAAAAUACAGUUUGCAAAAUAAACGAACACUUGCCAUACAUUAACUGAAAUUUACUAAUCAAUAUUGAAAAACCACAAGGUGGCGAUAUUAGCUAAACAAAAUGACUGGUAAACGAAAGCUGAAAAUAAGCCUAAAUGCGGGGAAUAGCAGUGCUACCGAAUGCAGCACUAAACAGGGAGAUGACCAUGAAAAGGCCCGCACGUAUAGGUGGUAAAGUAUAGAAGCGUUUGGUUAAACGAAGCCGGUACUCGGCAAUUAACAAAGGGAAUUUUUUUUUAAUGAAAUAGUGUAUUUAACCAAGAAGGCACCUGUUGCAAUCAGUGACCGUAUUUGUAUGAUCUUUAACAGGAGGGAAGAAAAUGAACAUAGUUGACAUCUUAUUUAAAUACAGCCAUGUGUAAAUUGGACUAAUUAGAUGCAGCAGCGGAGCAUAAAUAAAACAUAAUUUGACAUACUUAUAUAGCAAUAAGCACUUUAUUUAUUUUUUAAAUUACACAGUGAAUGUAACCAUAACUGCCAUAUGACAUCCUGAUAAGGGUAUUGCUGUACGUUUUAGGCAUAAAUAACAAGUAAAAGACGAAGUACUGAAAGAAUUAAGUAAAACGAAAUGAAAGACAAAAUGCUGUUUACAUUGACAAAAAUGCUUUCCCCAUGCUGUAUUUAACCAAAAUGACCUUGACUUGCUAGGUAUGCUAAUACAGAUAAACAAAAGUCUAUGCGAAAGAGAGGAUUACACGAGUGGCUGCUAUGUGUGUACUAAUAGGAACGACCGCGUUGUAUGCGAACGGAGCUGAAGCUGAAAUUUAGCCGAAACGCUAGUUAGCACGAACCUCUUUCAGCGACCUGAAGGAUUUAACAUGAGCUAUAUAGACAAAAGAAACCGUUUAGCCGAACGUGUGAGUAAUUGACAAGUAUGAGGAGUGCACGAAUGAAGCUGUAUAACUUAGCCGAAAUUUAGCCGUUCGUGUGUUGGCUACCCUCGUUAUACUCACAAAUGCAAACGGACUGCUGGCACGCGGGAAAAUUACGUCAGGGUCCAGUGAACCGGAAGUAAACAGAAUCACUUCCGAGAUCGUCGAUGACAGGUAAGCAGGGGCUCACUGGAUUUAAGUAGGGUUCCAUGUACCUCCCACAAUUACAGGCCAAGAUAUAUAUAUAGAUAAUAAAAAAUACAGAUAAGGUGCACUCUCAGGUCUUAACAAGUGCUUAAUUUAUUUCAAAUGCAAAUUACAUGUGCAAAAAAAAUUCCAGUGAUCGUUUCGACCCCUAUAGGGCCUUUUUCAAGAUAAAAUAUACUGUGUUCCAAGCAGUUGUAUACUGCAAAAACAAAUUAAAAGGAAUCCAUGUUUAAAAUGGAAUGAGGCAAAAAUGUGAUUCUUUGUUAAACUAAUUUGCAUAUGCCCACCCAGAAUCCUUUGCGGUUGUAACAUCACUGCUGAUUUGGGAUUUCUGUGGGAAAAGAAAGUCUUAUGGCUUGACUGGUGUGCAGAUUUUUGUUUAGCAUUGUAUUAACUAUCCACAUACUUCAGGUGGAAGGGGUUUUCAAUCACAAUUUUUCCCCACCAUAACCUAUUUGGAUUUUGAUAUAUAUAUAUAUAUAUACAUAUACACACACACACAUACACAUACUCUCUCUCUCUCCCUUUCACACACAUACACCUUGGAUCAUGUUUGAAAACUGACCGUCAUCGUGAUCUUCCUUGCUCCACUGCUGGCUUUCAAACAUAUACAGGAUGUUCAGUAUUUACCGAUGACAAGGAAGGAAAGGGACCUCAAUUAGGAAAAAGGACAAAUGAGUCAUUUGUUACAUGUGAGUUUACAGAGGAAGGGGUUCUUUUUCAACUGUAAAGUAAAGACCAAUAAGUCAGUGGGGCCUGAUGGAAUACACCCAAAGUUAUUAAAAAGAACUUAGUGGUGUACUAGCAAAACCAUUAAUAGAUUUAAUUAACCAAUCAUUGUUAACAGGAGUAGUCCCAGAGGAUUGGAAGUUAGCGAAUAUUGUGCCCAUUCACAAGAAAGGUAGUAAGGAGGAGUCGGGCAACUAUAGGCCAGUAAGCCUUACUUCGGUAGUGGGGAAAGUGAUGGAAACCAUGUUAAAGAAUUGGAUUGUUGAACAUCUAAAAUCACAUGGAUUUCAAGAUCAGAGACAACAUGGGUUUACUUCAGGGAGAUCAUGCCAAACUAAUCUUGUUGAUUUUUUUGAUUGGGUAACUAAAAUUAUAGAUCAGGGUGGUGCAGUAGACAUUGCUUACCUAGAUUUCAGUAAGGCUUUUGACACUGUUGCACAUAGAAGGCUUAUCAAUAAACUGCAAUCUUUAAGUUUGGAUUCCAAUAUUGUUGAAUGGGUAAGGCAGUGGCUGAGUGACAGGCAACAGAGGGUUGUAGUCAAUAGAGUAUAUUCAAAGCAUGGGUUUGUCACCAGUGGGGUACCUCAGGGAUUUGUACUUGGACCCAUUCUAGUUAAUAUAUUUAUUAGUGAUAUUGCAGAAUGACUUGAUGGUAAGGUAUGUCUUUUUGCUGAUGAUAUUAAGAUAUGUAACCGGGUUAUUGUUCCAGGAGGGAUAAGCCAAAUGGCAAAUGAUUUAGGUAAACUAGAAAAAUGUGGCAGCUGACAUUUAAUGUGGAUAAGUGCAAGGUAAUGCAUCUUGGACUUAAAAACCCAAGGGCAGAGUACAGAAUAUUUGAUAGAGUUCUAACCUCAACAUAUGAGGAAAGGGAUUUAGGGGUAAUUAUUUCUGAUCACUUAAAGAUAGGCAGGCAAUGUAAUAGAGCAGCAGGAAAUGCUAGCAGAAUGCUUGGUUGUAUAGGGAGAGGUAUUAGCAGUAGAAAGAGGGAAGUGCUCAUGCCAUUGUACAGAACACUGGUGAGACCUCACUUGGAGUAUUGUACACAGUACUGGAGACCGUAUCUUCAGAAGGAUAUUGAUACCUUAGAGAGGGUUCAGAGAAGGGCUACCAAACUGGUUCAUGGAUUGCGGGAUAAAACUUACCAGGAAAGGUUAAAGGAACUUAACAUGUAUAGCUUGGAGGAAAGACAAGGCAGGGGGGAUAUGAUAGAAACAUUUAAAUACAUAAAGGGAAUCAACACAGUAAAGGAGGAGACUAUAUUUAAAAGAAGAAAAACUGCCACAACAAGAGGACAUAGUCUUAAAUAUCAGGAAGUGGUAGAGGUUAACACAGUGAAGGAGUUUAAGCAUGCGUGGGAUAGACAUAAGGCUAUCAUAACUAUAAGAUAAAGUAUUUAGAAAAUUGGGCAGACUAGAUGGGCCGAAUGGUUCUUAUCUGCCGUCACAUUCUAUUAAACACCGAUGGCUUAUCUACAUUAUGUCCUUUCCUGACCAAUGUAUGAGCAGUUGUAUUGGAGAUCGAUCUUUAUCUUUUAGAUCUUGACUUGAUUUCAACAGUUCCACUUAAAUCCACUUUCUUAAGGGUAGUUCAGACAGUAUAAACUGCAAUUAUGACUUGUUUGGUUUUAUUUUCACCUUUCCCUUGCUUUGUAUCAGUCAUUUAUCUUUCCUUUCUGACGUCACUAAGUGAAACACCUUGACAUAGUAUUUAUUAAACAAACUGUAUAAUGUUAUUUUUUUAUUAGAUGUGAGACUUUUCAUUUAUCUUUUUAAAUAAAAAAUUACUGUAAAACUUACCUUCCAGAGCCAGGUCAGUCUCCCUAGAGCACCUGCUCUACCUCCAGUGAAACCAACAGUUGUUGACUUUUCUCCAGUGGAGAUCUGUAGCACUCUUCAUGCCAUGCCAAUCAGAAGCUGGAAUCCAGCGCUUCUGAGUUAAGCAUUAAAGCCGCUCUGUCACUGAGAUUCCAACCCAAUUGAGAUUUCUUGUGACAAAUUAGGGAUUGCGUUGUCUCAACUUUUUUCUUUUGUCAAGCUUGUCUUUUCUCACAACCGUCUGCACCUGGCAGCUGACGAUACUGCAGUGCUCACAUGGGACAAGUUAAAAUCAUUCAAAGACCCCAGACGGUGACUGGUCCACUUUAACUAUAUUCAACAGUGUCCUGCUCUGUGUGUUGACAGGAAUGUAAAGGCCUUCAAUAGGUGCCAGUUGGGCUGUCCGUGUGAAAGUCACUGGAAACGUGGUCUAUUGUCACAUUUCUCUAAAGUUGCAAAGUUUGCAUUCAUCAGAUAAAAUGGAAAGCAUCUGUAUUGAGUUGUAGUGGUUUUGGUGCUUAGUGUCCUUUUUAAGCUCUUGAACUGUCACAACUAGAGUAUAAUCAAGAAAUUUUAUUCUGUCUGGGAUGCACACACAUUUGCAUAAAACUGUAUUUGGCAAUUCCACAUGUAAUUUCAAUAAUGAAGAAAAUUUUUAGCUUACAAUUUAGGACAGUUCGGUUUUCAUUCUUGUGUUACUUUCAUGCAUAAAAAAAAUCUUUAUUUAAGGUUUAUUUCCUCUUUCAUUUCCAGACAUUAUACGUCAUUGAUGAAGGCUGAAAACAUGUCUACCAAUCAGGUACGUACGGCCCGUGAAUUCGGGCAGCCCCAACAUGACCCUUGUGUUCUGUGUUCCCUUAACUGAUCUAGUUCUAAAUCCACUAGACUCCAAAGUUCUGAAACUGUCCAAAAAAUAGUGCAACCUUGACGUAGAAUUAAUAUACUUUCACUAAAAUGAGAAUUGACAAGGUCAUUGCACACUUUAUAGCCGGAUUAGAUUUAGUUUUUCCAUUGCAGCAGUUUUGCUGUCAAAUGCAGGGCUUUUAUUUUAUUUUUUUUGUGUGUUUUGAGUAGUGAUUUCUCACAGUACACAUCACACAUGUGAAGCCUGCAGUAACAGAAAUAGUGAAAUGAUCAGAGUACAUUGAAUAAGCACAAUUCUAUCACCAUAACACCCAGUAUUACUGGGGCCGAACUGGGAGUAUAACUCCCACCAAUCUCUGACAGACUGGGCAUGUAGGCUUUGGUGCUUCCCUGAGACAAAGAAAGCACAACCCUACCCAAAGCCAUAAAAUCCUGUAAUCUAACAAAGCUUAUUAAGGGAAGUGAGUGAUGUCUCCAUUAUUUCCCCAAUGUACACCUUUCACUGCUAUAUUGGGUAUCCAGUUACAGUGCUGCUGGAUUUGGUGAUGGGAAUUUAUCUUCCUGGCAGUCGAGAGAGAUCACAAAGGGGAUAUGUUGUCAAUGCAUGCCGCAAAUGUAGACACACUUUCUGGGAUAUCCUUGGACUCCCACAUGGUUUCCAGACUCUGCACGCUGGGAGGAUGUGAUGUAUUAUAAUUUCUCACCAGUGCUUUCUAUGCCAGACUCCGGCUCGUGGCAUGCAGACUUAGCCCAUUCCCUACUAACAGCAACAACAGAAAGCUGCAUUGCCUGAUCAUCUCUCCCUCCUCACCAUUCCCCAAGGUGACCUGUAGAGGGCAUUCUGGGCGUGUGAGACAAACUAAAACAGGUCUUGCUUAUAAACCUUUACUUUUGAUGUAAGCUUUUAUUUAUAUAUAUAUUCUCAUUCAAGAUCCUGCUCACUCCCUAAACAGCUACUUCAAAGGUCACAAAAUAUUAUUUUUUUCAAAAACACUUGACUUACAACAAAAAUAAUGGGAUUUAGUGUCAGUCUAUACAUAUAUAAUAUUUCUCGUCAUUUGUUUGUGAGCAGACUUGACUGCAAGUCAGCAACAUCUUGUGUCAAUCGUGAGCAAGACCUGCUCAGGUGCUGAUAAAGAUAACAUUUUGCUAUAUGUUCGUAAAUCAUAGUUAAAAUGGUUGUGUGAUAAAUGGUGCAUUAUGGCUGCUUGCUGCAGAUUAACCUGUACAUUCUUUAACGAUAACUGCUGGAUUUUUAUUUCCCUUUCUGCAGGAUGGCAAUGAUUCCGAUGAUUUUAUGUAACAGACUGAGAUCUCUUGUAAUCCCUGAACUAUUUUGGUUUUUUUCUUGGAUUUUGCUUCUCAAUGCCAAACUUAGAAAAUAAAUACAUUGUUAAACCCUCCAUGCAGCUCUUACUGCUACCUCCUCACAUCCAACUCCACGUGGAACAAGCAUGCAGUGUAUUCAAGGAGGGCUGAAGAAGACCUUACAUGUGGCAGGUAUCUCUAUGGAGAAUCUGAAGACGUCUUUUGAAGGUGGUUGUAUUCUCAGUUGCAGACUGACUUCAUACAUCCAUCCUUCCAGGAUCAUCCUACCAAUAUCUUCUUCUUGGGAACAAAGUAAAAGUUAAAAACAAACACUUUGCUUAAAACUUAGCAAAUAUGUUGCUGAAAGUAAUACCUAACCGUUGCCAGAUCUUCUCGAACAUUUUAAACUUUUUUAUUUUUUUGCUCCUUGAAUUUUUCAAUAUUAAAAAUGCAGAUCUAUUUUUUACGUCCUGCUAAUUUCUCCCCCUGUGCAUAUCUUCGACCCGCUCAGACUAUCAUGGAAUGAUAAAACAAGCAGGCUGGCAAAUAAAAGGAUUGCUAUAUAAAUCUCUGCUCGUAUUUUAUUUUAUUUUUUUAAAGCAUGGCAGGAGAAUAAUAGAUUUUGAUGGAGGCGGGGAAUGGCUGAAAAAAAAUCAACCUUGUAUUUGCCACUAAUGUUAGUCAUAUUGGAAUCUAGUUACUAAUUAAUGGGUUUGUACAUUGUUUAGGCAACUGGUUCUUUGGUGAAUUUGUUCUCCAUUCCAACGAGUCGGUAUACCUUACAAUGAGACUAUAAAUAUAUCUCCAGGCAUCAAAUAUGGGGAGAAAAGAAAAAUGAAACAUUUGUAUAGUCUUACCGUUUUUUGUUUUUUUUACAAAAGUGAAUUUAAAUUUCAAACUUACAGCCAAACUGGAGCAUAGAUUAUUUGGGGAAUGUUUACAGCUCGGUUACUUGGCCCUUCACAUAAUUACCCUGAAUUCUCGUUUACCAGAGAACCCUGCUGCGAUUAUACCUCACACAGUGCUCGUUUCUGUAGAAUUUACUCCUAUUGAAACAAUGAAGAUCAAAUACAACUUGUAUUCAUUUGUUUUCUUCAUGAGAUGCUCUGUUUUAAUUUAUAUUUGUUAGAAAUGAAAACAUAUACUGCUAACACUUUAGUGUCCCUGUCCUGUCCCCCCUGCUAUUUGCUGUGAAUACACCUUUUCCAGUGCAGAGUGUGCCAUAGAGCUGCUCACCUCUCUUCCUUCCAUGACCUCAUGGCUUCCUCUGGCGAUGGACCUAAUACGGCUUAUAAUUAAAGGUGUUAGGCACACAAUCAAUUCUUCUCUUAGGGAAUGAGCUUGCAUUGUGUCUCUUGGAUUUUACUCAGUCAGUGCAUCAGAGCCUCUGAUGGCUGUCUCCCAGUGGAUUUAACUUUGCAAUGUAAAUAUUGCAGCUACUAAAAUAACUAUAAUGUUUUACAUGAUGCGGUUAAGAGGACAGGACAACAUCAUUGAGAUGAAGACGUCUCAGUGGCUUCAGUGAUCAUUUAAAGACUUGUCAAAUUUCAUAAUAAUCCCAUUCUGACAAUAAAAGCCAGGGGGACGCAUUGCUAGGGAAAGGAAGGGAUAUAUACAUUUUCAUUAUUCCUUGUGUUAACGGACAUGUGUAAAGGACAAAGUUUAUAGCUGUGAUUGGCAGGGAGCUAAGAUGGAGGGUGUGGGGGAAAAAAACAUAUAUUUUUAUGGAGUUAUUGCAUGUUUUGGGGUCCCUGUGAUAUGUUUUAUAAUAUUGUAUUUUCCUGCCUGUGAUAAUUAAGUUAGUCUAUCGUGUUGAGAUAAUUAUAUCACAGGCAGAGGGGAGGAUUUCUGAUGUAAUGAAUGGGAGUGUUAGCUGUGUUGUAAUGUGUUGAUUAUUUGUUCUUCAAAACCCUGUGGGCAGUACUAUGUUUGUAGAAUGUGAAUAAAAGAGGCUGUAUGUGCCAGUACAGUCAGAUCUUCUUGACCCUCAA